AUGGAGCAUAUCAUACUGGCUCAUGCUCAGCGUACCCCAGAUGCUCUGGCCGUCAUUGAAGGAACCAGAUCUCUCACAUACGCCGAGCUUGUCAGAGAAGCAAGUUGGCUAUCAAGCAGCCUUCGUGACAGCCGAACCAAAACUUCAACGGAAGACACUAUUGGUAUUUUGCUCGGCCCAGGUAUUAAGCAAGUUGUUGCCCAGCUGGCAGUUCGCUUGGCUGGGGCAAUCUGCGUCCCAAUGGAGCCUUCUCUGUCUCUUCCUGAACAGCGAAUCAUACGCAUGAUGCAAGAUGUCGGCGUGAAAUAUGUCGUAGUGGAUGUCGAGGAUACCCCCGAAAUAUCUACAUCGGCAUUCGUGGAACGUGGAUUCAAGCCUGUCAAUAUAUGUAUCGGAAGUUGUGAAGAAUCAGCACCUAUAAAAGGAAUAGAGAGGUCCCCACCAGAUCGAAGUCAUAUUCUCUUUACUUCCGGCUCAACUGGCAAACCGAAGCCGGUCCAGAUCCUCGCAUCAGGGAUCUUGCACCUGGCCACCCAGACGCCCGUGACACCACUGAAAGAUACAGACCGGGUCGCAGAGUUUAAUAACCCCGGAUUUGACCUAAGUCUGUUUGAGGUCUGGGCUACAUUAAUCGCCGGCGCCACGAUUGUGGUUAUCCCCCGAUAUAUUGCCACAGACCCUAAUGGCAUGUCAUCCUUCAUGAAGGACCAAGCCAUCAGCGUUAUUAUAAUUACCGCAGCGCUCUUUGAGAUCAUAGCCUUUGCAUCCCCGACCGCGUUUCACUCUUUGCGCCAUGUGCUGACGGCCGGGGACGUGGCAAACGUUCAUGCCAUGAGGAAAAUCCUAGUCAGUGAUGGUCCUCCGCAGCAUCUGUGGAAUACGUACGGGCCUACGGAAUGCACGACAUUGACAACGAUGCACGAAGUGACUGUAUUAGACACACAACGGGAUCGCAUCAGCAUCGGCCAAGCUGUCGGUGACAUGGAGGUAUUUCUGCUCGACAAAGAGAACCCCAUUGGAGAAGCCGGUCAACAGGGCGAGAUUUGUAUCGCGGGACCUCAGCAAUGCGCAGGAUAUUGGGGAUUAGAUGCGGAGAAUGCAGCGCGUUUCGUCGACAUCCCGCGAGUUAAGCUUCGUGGCCUAGGGCAUACGUCAGGUGGGCCAGACGAGAAUGACAAAGAAAACGUCCGACUUUAUCGAACCGGUGACUUGGCGGAGUGGCUGCCAGAAUCCGGCUCUCUGGAUUUUGUUGGCCGCGAGGAUAACCAGGUCAAGCACAAGGGGUUCCGCAUCGAGCUGGGUGAGAUAGAACGGACUCUUCACACAUUUGAUGCGAUCCACCGUGCUGUUGUCGUACAACAGCCGCCUCUCUCUGCGAACGACGGGCAAGCACUCGUAGCCUUUGUUGUGGUUGACCCAGACUUGAAGAGUCCUACUGCAGAGGACCUGUUGAACCUGACUAAAAAGCGACUGCCAGGAUACAUGGUCCCGGAUGCCGUGGAGUUCACCUCCAAGCUCCCUCUCACAGCUACCGGUAAAGUUGACAGACUGGAAUUGGUGAAUUGGCGCGUUCGAAAGCUCAAGGAGGAGAUAAACACCCAGACCAAUGGAUCCGGUCAAACCCUAAAUGGCCACCGCCCGAAAACAAAUGCGCCCUUGUAUGGGAAAUCAAGAACAAAUGGAAAACAGACAACGGGCAAGAGUAUCAAGACAGUACUGCAGAAUAUCUGGCGCGAAAUGCUGAACAAGCCAUACAUAGGAGAUGACGACGACUUCUUCGCCCUAGGCGGCACAUCAAUCCAAGCUGCAGCGCUGAUCGCCCACAUUCACGACCAGCUGAACUGCAUAGUCACGAUGGAAAAUCUUACUGGAAACUCACGGCUGCGAGAUCUAGUCCAGCUCGUCAAGCCCGAACAUGAUAAUUCUGAUCGGCCGGGGCGCCACAAAGCUCCCGAUGACAGCAAAACGUGGAUGGGAGAUAUCGACCUGGUGGACGACAUCGAAGUCGUACCUUGCUGGGAUGCUCCCAACGAGGGACGAGUGUUCCUUACGGGGGCUACUGGGUUCGUGGGCGCGCACCUGCUCUGCCAGCUGAUGAAGCGGCCAACGGUCAAGCAGAUAGCAUGUUUAGUGCGAUCGAAGGACGGCGUGUCGGCAGCGACGCGCGUGCGGCAGAAUCUAGAGCGGUACAGCGUAUGGCCAGCAUCCCCCGAGUACACACAGAAGCUCCUCUUCAUUGAGGGGGAUAUCUCAGAUCGAACAUUGGGUCUCGGGGCGGAUAAAUUCGCGUGGUUCGCAAAUUGGGCGUCGGUAAUCUUCCACCUCGGCGCAAAGGUUAAUUUCUGCGAGUCCUACCGUGACCACCGCAGACCCAAUGUCGUCGGCACCUCCAAUAUGCUCCGAUUAGUGGCCGCCGGACGCUACAAAGCGUUCCACUAUAUGUCGACAAUCGAUGUGUGGGGGACGACGGGGUGCACGCUAGGGACAGAGGCCGUCUACGAGGACGGACCGUUGCAGCCGCAUAUCCAAGCAGUCCGGUAUGACCUAGGAUACGCGCAGAGCCAGUGGACGGCGGAAUCGAUGGUGCGGCGAAUGCGCGAUCGCGGGCUGCCAAUUGCUAUUUACCGACCGGGUUUCGUGAUUGGGAACCCGGACACGGGCAGCAGCAAUCCCUCAGAUUUCGUGUCGCGGCUGCUAGUGGGCAGCAUCCAGAUGGGGACAUGGCCGCGCCUCAUUCAACGCUUGGAGUACGUGACUGUGGACUACGUGGUAAACGCGUUGCUACAUAUUGCUUCUGACAACGCCAACCUCGGCCGCUCCUACAGCUUAGUUGCUCCAGAUCAGGUCGACUCCGUCACAGUGGAAGACACGUGUCGGGUGCUCAACGAUGCCGGGUAUCCAGUGCGGCUGGUCGACUAUGAUGACUGGGUCGCGCAGGUGGAUGCUGAGCAGCGACCAGAUGGCCCCCUGGCGCCGCUGCUCCCCAAUUUCCAGGAACUGGUGCUGGGACCGUUGACGCGUUGGACGUGCAGUCAGUACUCGCCGUGGUAUCGCGCGGAUCAAGCCAAAGAGGCGCUUCGAGAUCGGCCAGAUAUCGCAUAUCGUAAGUUGGAUGGGGAGAUGGUGCGGCGCUUCAUCAAGUUUUGGAAUGAAAAGGGUUUUUAUAAUGUGGAGGUGCCUCCAAUUGAACAACGUCGAAUGUAACUUUAUGACAGGGUUGGCGCGAGAUAUAAGGACUAUAAUGGCCAGUCUUCCUGGGCCGAUAGCUCCCAAUAGCUACCAACGAGCAUG